UGGCCGCCGGGUCGGCUUCCUGCGCACGCCGGGCGCGCCUCCACGGCCGGGGAUGCUCGGGGCGGCGUCAGCCGGCCGGGGCCAUGUGACCUGCGCGUCCCCGAGGCGACGGUGGCCGGCAGGGAGCGCAGCCGGAGCCGCAGCAGAAGCCGGUCUGCCCGCCGGCCCGGCCAGGUGAGGCGCCGCCCGCGCCCCCUCCCCCGAGUCCGUGGCCGGUGCCCAAGAAGGUUGGAACCCUGCGGAGACCUGAGCGACCCUCACGGCAGCACUGGGAGGAGGAGGCUGCUGUCGUCCCCCUUUGGCAGCCCAGGAAACCGAGGCACGAGGGCUCCACCUCGGAUCCGCCCUGUGCCCGCAGCGGUGCCACAGUCCCAUCAGGCCUUGUGUAGGGAGAAUGCUGCCAACAUGUCCCUGCACUCGAUGCUUUGUGAGCGAAUUGCGGUCGCCAAGGAGUUAAUCAAGAGAGCAGAAGCCCUUUCUCGGUCAAGGAAGGGAGGUGUCGAAGGGGGGGCCAAACUAUGCAGCAAGCUGAAGGCCGAGCUGAAGUUCCUGCACAGGGUGGAGGCGGGCAAGGUGGCCAUCAAGGAGUCCCACCUGCAGAGCACCAACCUCACCCACCUGCGAGCCAUCGUCGAGUCCGCCGAGAACCUGGAGGAGGUGGUUAGCGUCCUCCACGUCUUCGGCUACGUGGACAGCUUGGGAGAAAAGCAGACCCUCGUGGUCGACGUGGUGGCCAACGGCGGCCACACCUGGGUCAAGGCCAUCGGCCGCAAGGCUGAGGCUCUACACAACAUCUGGCUGGGCCGGGGCCAGUAUGGUGACAAGAGCGUCAUCGAGCAGGCCGAGGACUUCCUGCAGGCGAGCUCCCAGCAGCCCGUGCAGUACAGUAACCCCCACAUCGUCUUCGCUUUCUACAACAGUGUGUCCAGCCCCGUGGCCGAGAAGCUGAAGGAAAUGGGCAUCUCCGUCCGUGGGGACAUCGUGGCCGUGAACGCCCUCCUCGAGCAGCCCGAGCAGCUCCCGCUCAGCGACAGCGAGUCCGACGAGGAGGCCCCGGGACUCCUGCAGGUGACCCGCGUCGACAGGGAGAACAUCGUGGCAAGUGUGGCUUUCCCCACAGAGGUCAAGGUUGACGUGUGUCGUCGGGUGAACUUGGACAUCACGACUCUGAUCACCUACGUGUCCGCCCUGAGCUAUGGCGGCUGCCACUUUGUCUUCCGAGAGAAGGUGCUGACCGAGCAGGCCGUCCAGGAGCGGAAGGAGCGUGUUCUGCCCCAGCUGGAGGCCUUUAUGGCCAACAAGGAGCUCUUUGCCUGCGAGUCGGCCGUCAAGGACUUUCAGUCUAUUCUAGACACCUUGGGAGGGCCCGGGGAGAGAGAUCGGGCUGCCCGGCUCAUCCAGCGGAUCCGUGUGGUACCGGACCAGCCUUCUGAACGUGCCUUAAGACUGGUGGCGAGUUCCAAGAUCAACAGCCGCUCGCUCACCAUUUUUGGAACAGGAGACACUUUAAAAGCCAUCACCAUGACGGCCAACAGUGGCUUUGUGAGGGCAGCCACCAACCAAGGUGUGAAAUUCAGUGUGUUCAUCCACCAGCCCAGGGCCCUCACUGAGAGCAAAGAGGCCCUUGCCACCCCCUUACCAAAGAGCUGCCCAGCCAGCAGUGAACUCUGACUAGCCGGCCUUCUGCCGCGAGCCGUCCUCGCAAACAUCCGAGGUCUCGCUGCAGGGCUCACAUCCGCUCGCUCUUCUCAAACACAGACGCACAGUGGGAGAGUCGGGGGAGCGCAUCCAUCCGCAGAGGCACAGCUGGGUCCUGGGGUCGCUGCCUUUGCACAAGGAGAGAAUGGCAUUUCAGGGUAGUCUGUCUACACAGCAUGCCGCAUUAAAUACCCAGUUAAAGACUC